AUGCUAUAUACCAUAAAACAUCUAUCUAUCUAUCUAUCUAUCUAUCUAUCUAUCUAUCUAUCUAUCUAUCUAUCUCUCCAUCCAAUUACCAUCCACAAUGAGGUUUACCCCACGAUAUUAAAUUCUAUGCAUAAGUACCAGCCUCGUUUCCAUUUGGUUCAGGCAUAUGAUAUUAUGAAACUUCCCUACAGUGCUUUCCGCACGUAUGUUUUCAAAGAGACCGAAUUCAUUGCCGUCACUGCUUACCAAAACGAAAAAAUUACACAACUGAAAAUCGAUAAUAAUCCCUUUGCUAAAGGCUUUAGGGACAACGGCAGCGGUAAACGUGAGAAAAAGCGAAUGAUGAUGCAAUCCCAACAAAAGGCGGCUAUUACGCCUGUACAGCCGGCACAUCCGACUGACGAGUUGCCAAGCGACGAUGAAGAUGCCGAAAAUAUGGAAAUAUGCGUCGACCGACUGGAUGAUGGCCGAUGUGUGGAGACUGGGACCACAAAACAUAAUAGCCGUCCCCCAACACCAACACCCGUGGGUUCACCCGGGUCGGGUGAGGUCGAAGUUGUAGAUGAAGACGUCCCUCAUGUUCCGCCACCACCACCACCACCGCCGCCACCACCCCCUCCCCCACUUUCCUCAAAUAGUUCAUCCUCGUCGCACCGUCGGCACCAUCACCACCAUUACGGAAACAAAAGUGACUCCAUGACUGCUGGUUCAAGCGGAACCGGUUCUGGUGAUGAUGUAACUGUACGAGAAAGUUCUAAGCGGAAAUCGUCUUCGAUUGAAAACAGUAUAGUGUCAGUAACUGAUCGGGAACGAGAUCGGGAACGAGAUCGAGAACGAGAUCGGGAACGGGAACGAGACCGAGAACGUGAUCGAGAACGCAGACGCAGGAGGAGACUUGAAGUGGAUGUUGGUGACGAAGGUGAUCAUGAAGAGAGGAUAGACGAAGAAGAGGAUGCGGGUAAGAGAGAACAUAUUGUACUGGGAACUGUUUCCAGUCGUUCAAACUCCCCUCUACCUCUGAACGCACCUCCACCAAUUUCACCUGGUUCAUCCGACCGUGGUUCGAGUCCGAGCAGGAGUCAAAACAAAGGGCCUGGUGGAGGCGGAACAGCAGGCGGUGGCAGCAGUCCUCCCAACGUCACGGUCAUACAGCCAUCAGUGUCGCACCCAAUGUUUUCUUAUCUUUAUCCGCCCCCGCCUCCACCACCACCAUCCCUAUAUUCUGCAUCACUCACCGGAAGUGGCGCGACUGGAACCGGUGUUGGUGGGAGCGGAAGUGGUGCCGUGUCCAGCGGAUCGUUGCCCUACGUAGGACAUAUGCUCUUCAACGCUGCCGCAGCCGCUGCCGCUUUCCACCACGGUGCCGCCGCUGCUGCAGCCGCAGGUGGAGCUGGCGCAGUACAUUUUCUGUCACCAGCCGCUGCGGCCGCUGCCGCUCACGCAGAACUUGGUGGAUUGGCAUCUGGGCAUGCACACGCCCACCACCAUCACCAUGCUGCAGCCGCCGCUGCUGCAGCAGCCGCCGCCGCCGCCGCUGCUCAUCAUCAUGUCACAACGUCGAACAUCAUGUUGAACGCCAAUUUUCCCUUUCAGGGUCCCACGCCAGCAUUACUACCCCCAUCUUACUCUUUGACGCCGUCUUCCGAAGGAUCAGUUGCAAGUGGAAUAAGCGGCCAUUACAGUUCUUUGAUGACCACUCGAACCUCUACGACAAGUAGCAACAGGUUUUCGCCUUACACUGUACCUCUUACGAAAUCUGCUUUAAGUUCGGGAGUUUCAGGUUCAAGUUCAGUUGGAGUCACAGCCGCAGGUGUUUCUGGUCUUGGCAUGGCUGGCUUUUCCAGUUUAGGAGUCGUAUCCGGAUCAAAUAUUGGAGUUGGCGGCUCAAGUUUGGUCAUUCCGGGAGUGAUUGGAAGUAGCGGAAGUAGCAUUGCCGGAAGCGGAAGUCACCAUCAUCACCACCGCUCAUCUCCAUCCUCUUCGUCUCCUUCUACAUCACCUUCGCCACCACCACCUCUUCCUCCUAGUCCGAUCCCCAAAAACUCACCCUCACCAUCCUCUCCACCAGCGUUGUUAUCAUCAUCUUCAUCAUCUGUGUCGAUGACGACGACGACGACGGCGACGGGCAGUGCCGUUAUGGCGGCCAGCGGAAGUGGAAGAUUCCGAUCCAUGAUUGAUCUAUCUAUCUAUCUAUCUAUCUAUCUAUCUAUCUAUCUAUCUAUCUAUCUAUCUAUAUACAUAAUCGGAUGCCCCACAUUAAAUUCGGCCUUGUGGUCAAUCUGA